AUGGGCUGCGGCGGUAGCAGGACGGACGCCCUGGAGCCACGCUACCUGGAGAGCUGGACCAAGGAAACCGAGUCCACGUGGCUGACCGGCACAGACACCGACAUCCCGCUCUCGUCCAUCAACAGCAUCCCGUCCGACAGCUCCGAGGCCUGCUUCGUCUCCGAGAAAAACUGCAGUCCCGUCCCCGAUUUCUUCGAAGAUGGCCUACCGACUCCCGCUCAAGCGUACCUCAAAGCCUGCUCGGAAGCCAGCCUCUCUGACGUCAAACCCGACAGUGCUAUCGGCCAGCUUGACGCGCCGUCCCCUCCGACGCAGGAGGGGGCGCCGUUGUCUUCGGCCACCACCGUCCAACGCACGAGUGUCCUUCAUACUGAAGAGAUCACAAAAUGGCAGGACAACCGCAUGUCCACCAAACAGGUGACCAUCACAGUGACGCAGAGCAUCCACCAGAUGGACAAGAAUGGCAAAGUGAAGAAGUCGCUGACCACCUACGAGGUGAUGAAACCCGCAGAGGCCGUCAAACAAGGCGCGGCGCACGGGUAG